AUGCCCUAUCACAACCCCCUGGGCCCCCUGGCUGCCCGCAUCGAGAUCCCGCCCACCACGGCCACCAUCACUGGAGGCCCCGAAUCGCCAGUGAAUUCUUUCGCCUCGAGCGAGGAGACAAAGGUUGCUGAAGACGAGUUUGCCGCUGGUGUUCCGGAUGGCGGGUUUCGAGCUUGGCUUGUGGUUGUUGGUGGAUUCUUGGACUUUGCUAUUGCUUUUGGUCUUGUAAACUCUUUUGGUACAUUCCAAGCUCGCUAUGAAAGCGAGUGGACUUGGCUUUCCACCUCAACCAUCACUUGGAUUGGCAGCAUUCAGCUGUUCAUUCUCUUCCUCGGUGGCGCCGUCGUCGGCCCCAUCUUCGACAAAUACGGCUCUCGCGCCCUCAUGUUUUCGGGCACCGCCGUUUGUCUGCUCUCAUUUAUUUGCUCCAGCUUUGCUAUUCAUUUUUACCAAUAUCUCUUGGCUCAGGGAAUCUUGCUUGGAAUUGGUAAUGCGUUGCUUUUCUACCCAGCCACUGGAGCCAUCUCAGAAUGGUUCAACCACAAACGCGGCCUCGCUCUUGGUAUCGCCCUCUCAGGCUCCUCUGUAGGUGGCAUCUUCUGGCCCAUCAUCAUCAACAAGCUCUUCUCAGUCGUCGACGCCCCCUGGGUGCACCGCAUCAUCGCCCUCAUCUCCGUCCCCAUCCUUCUCGCCGCCUGCUUUCUUGUCACGGAGCGCAAGGACGCUGCCGGCCACGACACCGAGGGCAACCGCGUCAAGCCGUCGGAGAGUAGCAGCAUCCGCAAGGCCGUCGCCGAGUGGCGCUUCUUCACCCUGUGCCUUUCGCUGUUCUUCAUCUACGGCGGCAUGCUCAUUCCUUUUUAUUACAUCCCACUCUUUGCCAUCGAGCACGGCGUGGGCUCUACCAUGGCCAAUAACCUACUGGCGAUUGGAUACGCCGGCUCUGUCGUCGGCCGUGUGGGCAGCGGUUGGAUCGCGGACCGCUUCGGCCGAUUUAAUGUCCUAUUUGUAAUGGGCAUCUUGACCGCCGUAGUCACCUUUUGCUGGGGCGCCAUGACCACGCUCAGCGGCAUGAUGGCCUUUGCCGUCCUCUUCGGCCUUUUCUCCGGCGGCCUCAUCCCCCUGGGCUCAGCCUGCGUGGCACAAACCACUCCAGACAUGGGCCACAUCGGCCUGCGCAUCGGCUUCAUGAUGGCAUUUGCCUCCUUCAGCGCUUUAUCUGGUGGUCCCGCCAGUGGCGCCAUCAAAGACGCAACUAUCUCUUGGUUCGCCGUGUUUUCAUUUUCUGCCUCUCUUACUCUUUUCGGAGCACUGAUGCUCCUUGGAGUGCGUCUGUGGUGGCAACCUCUGGGAGGAAAACCCAUCUUCUAA